GUGCUGGAGCUCAAUGAGACUCUGGCCGAACUCCGGGUGACGUGUGCUGACGAGCUCGAGGCGCAGCGCCUGGAAAAGCGCCAGGCCCUCUCUGAGCUUGCCCUGGCACAGGAGCAGCUGGUGCAAAUGCCGUCCCGCGAGGAGGCUCUGAAGGCAGAGUUGGUGCAGGCGGAAGCCGAGCUUGGAAAGGCGCGGCACGCCGUGAAAGAGCAAGACGAAGCUCUGAGGGCAUUCUGGAGCCUCCAAAACGCCUACCAGCACGAGCUCGAGGAAGUGGAGAGGCAGAGGAAGCAGACGACAUUCCUGCACGAGGAGCUCGCGGCCGAGCAAUCCCGGAGCCUCCGCCGCAGCGCCGAGGCCGACGCCGCCGGCGCGCUGAGGGCGGAGGUGGCCAACCUUUCCGGAUGCCUGCGACCCCUGGAGCAGACCGUUGCGGGCUUCGGCGACUGGGAGCAGACCUGCCGGCAGAGUCUGAAAGAUCUGCCGAAAUCCUUCCAGGACGAGGUAGAGUCUCUGAUGCCGGAUCGUGUUCACCCGCCGGCCAGCCUGGACGCGGAGAUCAGGCAGCACUCGGAGUGGUGCUCCGCCACGAUCCGGAAGCUCUCCAGCUUUGCUGCGUCGAUGCUCCAGGAGAACGCGAGGCUACGGCAGCGCCAUGUCGAGCAGACACAGCUCCCGCUGCCGGCGGUUCAGGCCAUUCUGGAGCCACCGGCCUCAGCAGACGAGGCUGGCGGUCGCAGCGUCAACGUGGCGCGCCGGCAGCUGAACAUGUGUUUGGAGGCCUUCAGCCGAGGCCGCGAUGAAGAGGCUGCCGCGGCUUUGGCAGCGGCAGAAGGUGCCAAGCUGGAGGACAAGCCCAAGGGCGAGGCACGGCUAAAAGCCAUCGAGAUGCGCUUGACGAAAGCCGAGGGAUCCAUGCGAACUGGGUCCAAGCAGUCGAUGCCGGCAGCCAAGAAGGAGCUUUCGCAGAGGAUCAUGGACGAGAAGAGAACAUUGGGUGUUCCAAAAGUGCGCAGCUCCGGCACCCCCGACAGCUCCGUGGCCUCAGAGAGCUCUGCCGCUGCUUCUCAGGCAUCAGCUUCGCCACCCAAGGCCUCCGCCUCGCCCCGCUCGCCGAAGCCCUCGCCGCGCUCGGCCGAGUCGGGAAAGCAGUCUGCGGCCUCCCAGGGCAGGCAGCGGAGCCCGAGGGCGCAGGCGCGGGGCAACGAAAAAGGCAGCAGCACGGCGCCUGUUGCCGAUGGGCGAAAGGGGACGGCUGCCAUUCCCGCACUGGAAAACCUGUCUCUCAAAGCCGAGCCCGCCGAGCGCAGCAUCCCCAGCAGCUGCUUGUACAACAGCGACAGCAGCAGCGGCAGUGGCAGUCGUCCACGGCGUGGCGCGUAUCCUCCCAGCCCGGAAAACUCCAGCCCUGAUCCACCGAAUGCGCGCUGGACCGCCCAAUUUCGGCCCGUGGAGGGCGACAAGCCGCCGACACCGCGGGACAGCGAGGCGUCGGCGGUGGGCGCAGCAGGUCCUGUCAGCAGUGAGCCGUCAAAGGGCAGCCAGAAGCCGGGUGCCACAUCGCCGCGAAGUGCUUUGCAGCAAGCGCGGCAGAAUGCUCGUGCCGCUGGGGUUGGCGGACGGGCGCAUGGCGAGGAGAGGGAAACUGACAAGGACAGCCGGACAAGGGCAAUGCGGUACCUUGGUGGUGGUGAGAGUGCCGCAGAUGUGUUCGCACGGGCAGAGGCGCUUUGCGAAGCACAGCGCUUCUCUGAGGCGGCAGAGCUUUUCCGGUGCGUCUUGGCGGCUUUAAGGACGAGCUCUGAACGACAUUCGCUCCGGGCUGUGGAGGCCGAAGUCUGGGCACAUCUCGGAGUGGCGAUGCAGUCGCUGGAUGACAUCGCGGCGGCCAUCGAGAGUUAUUGCCAGGCCGUGCGCCUGGACCCAUCGUUACAUGUCUGCUUUGCCAACUUGGCGACGUUGUACAUGUACCUGGAAGACAGCCAGAAAGCCCAGGAGCACAUCUCAAAGGCCCUGCUCCUCGACCCCUCCAAUGAGGCCUACCUC